AUGGAUAUUAUGGAACCAUCUCGUCUGUUGUCGCUACCAAAAGAGCUUCGUCUUGACAUAUGGCGACAUGUCUUGACAGACCCCUCCAGAGACAAGCUGGUUCUGCGCAUAUAUCGCAAACCUCACAGUCCCAGUACACCUAGUGUUCGCUAUUCGAACUCUAGGUACAAGAACAAGCGUUCAGCCUUACCGCAAAUCGAAACAGCCUUCGAAAUGCAACGAAGCUGUCCAGUCAACGUCAACCUCCUCAUGACGAAUCGUUCUGUAUACGAGGAAGCACUUCCAAUCCUGUACCACUCCGUCAAAUUCUGUCCAUGGGACCUUGGAGGCGUUUUCCCGUUCUUCCUACAAGGCUUAUCAUCGUUUGCUCGAUCACACCUUUGCUACAUCAAGCUGUAUACCUACCGCUGCGAUAGUUCACCCUUCUACUGGCCAAUCAUUUGUUCCGAUCUCACCAGUCUGAAUGGCUCGCUGCGACAAAUAGAAAUAGAAGGAGACUGGCCACUCACAAGCAGAGUUCGAAAGAGACGUACGCUCCUAUGUCCGUUGCUCCGCAUUGACGCUUCGAAAAAGCUUGUUCCUGCUCACGACGAUGCGUUUCAACAGCUCCUGGCAGAUAUAGAAGAUGAGCGCGAGGCAAAAGCAGGACUGCAAAAUUCGGUUACGGCCAAGGCUGUGGCUGUGGCUGUGACUGAAGCUGAAGCUGUUGAGUGUGAAAUGCCAAUUGAGUCUCGGAAGCGGGAGCAAGAUGUGCAAGAAUUGCCCAUAAGAAAGAAGGCACGGUGGGAUGACCCCCCACCAAUCAUGCCUGAGACGAAUAUAGUUCUUGAGACGAAUAUGGUUCUUGAGACGGAUAUGGUUCUUGAGACGGAUAUGGUUCUUGAGACGGAUAUGACGGAUAUGGUUCUUGAGACGGAUAUGGUUCUUGAGACGGAUAUGGCUCCCGAGUUGGAGACUAUAUCCUUAGUUGAGCAGUUCGAAGAAGACUUAUCAGAGUGGGAUUUGGUCAGCAUGGACAGCUGCUUGUCUAGUCCGAUUAUCCGCCCAGAGAACGGCUUCAGCGGCGAAGCUUUUACCCGAUCUGCGUCGAACGUUACUCGCGAAGACGAUGACGAUCUCGAAAGCGAAGACUGGGAGUUUGUCGACUAG